UGUUUAUUGUACUUGUACUCAUCUGUAUAACAUUGCAUGCGUACAGUACUGUUGGUGAUGCACCAGUCACAAAUAUGGCAGCCAUGAGUGUAGAAUGUGGCGAUUUUUUACAAUUUCAGGAUACAUUGCGGAAAAUGCGACAAGUGGAUGAUAAUAUUAUUCACAUGUUAAAUACAACAAUUCCAACUGAGUCUUUUAAAGCUGAAAUAGACUCUACAGCAAAAUGUAAGGAUUUAUUUGAACAAAUUGAGACAAAUCAUAACAAAAGAGAACAGGCUAUUACAAAAUGCUUAAGCUCUUCAAGAGAAAAAGUAAUUCAGUUAAAGAAGGAACGGGACAACAACAAUGACAAUAUUCAACUUCUUAAAACUUUGAAAAAAGAACAAAAUACUAUGCGCUUAUUGCAAUCUGAACUAAAUAUAGAGGAAAUUGUAAGAAAACGGACACUUCAAAUAUUUUAUGAAAGAUGCCGUAACUUUUAUAAACCAUCGAGUUUAAAACUGUAAUAUUAUAAUACUACUGAAUAUCUAAUUAAUUUACAUAGUUGUAUUAUAUUUUUAUGGUUAUAAUUUUAACUGCGCUUAAAGAUGUGUAGUUUAUUAUAACCUAAUAGAAAUCAUAAUCAAAUGUAAUUAGACACAACCACAAAUAUAAUUAGCUACAGCAUUUAUUACAUAA